AUGAAGUCGUUUAUCUUGACAAUCGCUUUUGCCGCAGCCGCUACUGCAUUGCCUGGCCCGUCGUUCCGGACUGUCGAUGGACUGCCUCCGAUCAAGAGCAACCCGCUCCGCCGCGCCAACCAAAUCAUCCCCGUGAUAGUCGGCGGCCCGCAAGUCGUCUUCGUACCCAACAGCAUCACAGCGGCCGUCGGCGACAUUGUGCAAUUCCAAUUUUCAAACGGCAACCACACCGUCACGCAAUCGACGGCCGACGCCGCCUGCACGCCCAUGAAAGGCGGCGUGCACAGCGGCCACAUCCCGUUUGUCGAUGGCCAGACCGACGUCGGCACUUUCAACAUGCCCGUCACGAGCACCGCGCCAAUGUUCCUGUAUUGCGCUACGGGCCCGCAUUGCCAGCUCGGCCAGGUCAUGAUGAUUAAUGCGAGUAAUAACACGCAGUUGGCCGAGUACAUGAAGAAGAGCCAGCAGGCGGCCGCGAGCACCGAUGGCACCAGUGUUGUGGGGGGUACGCCUGGCAAAUUGGCUUUGGCGUCUGCAGCUUUUGUGCCUGCGCCUCCGGAGGCGGCUGCUGGUCCUCCUCCUCCUCCUCCACCUGCUGCUGCUGCUUCUUCGGCGCCAGCGGCUGCAGCUCCUCCUGCUGCUGCGUCGCCUUCCGCUGUGCAUGUAGCAGUCAUAUGA